AUGAGUGACCUUUUAAAGGCGGUCAGGGAUACAAUGGGGGUGGAGGACAUCCAGCGACCCCAUACAGUUCCGGAAGAGAUGUUUGGGGGAUUGAAGGUCAGACGCUCCCGUGUAUUCCCCAUAAAUGAAAACAUUAAGGAGAUGGUGAUGGAUGAAUGGGCCCAUCCAGAAAAGAAACUAGGAAUUUCCAAGGAAUUCAGGAACCGCCUUGUAUUUGACCCGUCAGACUCUAAGAUUUUUGACGAAGUCCCCAGAAUUGACGACCAGGUGGCCAAAGUUAAUAAGAAAACCUCGCUACCAUUCGAGGACUCCUCACAGCCAGAUUUGGAAGGAGGUCCAGAAUCUCCUGGACUUAGGAGUAGUGAUUCCUGUUCCCGAGCUUCAACGGGGGCAGGGAUUCUACUCCAACCUUUUCUUAAUGACUAUACCAGGAGCUCAGAAGGAAAUCUAUCUUCAGAUUUUAAAGCAGAUGAUGAAGAACAUGCCAUUAUCCCAGAUUUUUCCACAGACCUUAACUGCAAAGAUCCAUCAUCUGAUCCUUUUAAACAGGUUCAAUCUGAUUCAUUACAGACUGUAACACAAAAUAAAAAUCUUGGAAGGGGUGAUGAAUAUCAAAGACCACACAUGGGUGAAAAACCUUUUUCAUGUUCAAAAUGUGAGAAAUUUUUUAAAUAUAAAUCAGAUCUUGAUGUACAUCACAGAAGUCACACAGGAAAGAAGCCAUUUUCAUGUCCAGAAUAUAAAAAAUGUUUUACCAGAAAAUCACAUCUUGAUGUAAAUCAGAGAAGUUACACUUGGAAUAACACAUUUUCAUGUUCAGAAUGUGGGAAAUGUUUUACCAAAAAAUCAGCUCUUGAUGUACAUCAGAGAACUCGCACAGGGGAGAAGCCAUUUUCAUGUACAGAAUGUGGGGAAUCUUUUUUCCGGAAAUCACACCUUAUUAGACAUCAAAUGAAUCACACAGGGGAGAAGCCGUAUUCAUGUUCAGAAUGCGGGAAAUGGUUUCGAGAUCAAUCAGGUCUUGUUUCCCAUCAGAGAACUCACACAGGGGAGAAGCCAUUUUCAUGUUCAGAAUGUGGGAAAUGUUAUUACCGAAAACAAGAUCUUGUUAAACAUCAGAGAAUUCACAUAGGGGAGAAGCAAUAUAAAUGUUCAGAAUGCGGGAAAGGGUUUUUUCAAAAAGCAUCUCUUUGUAGACAUCAGAGAAGUCACACAGGGGAAAAGCCAUUUUCAUGUUCAGAAUGUGGAAAGUGUUUUACCAUGAAAUCAUAUCUUUGUAGACAUCAGAGAGUUCACACAGGGGAGAAGCCAUUUUCAUGUUCAGAAUGUGGAAAAUGCUUUCAUCAUAAAUCAUACCUUUAUAUACAUCAGAGAGUUCACACAGGGGAGAAGCCAUUUUCAUGUUCAGAAUGUGAGAAAUGUUUUGCCAACAAAUCGGCUCUUGAUCUACAUCAGAGAGUUCACACAGGGGAGAAGCCAUUUUCAUGUUCAGAAUGUGGGAAAUGUUAUUACCGAAAACAAGAUCUUGUUAAACAUCAGAUAAUUCACAUAGGGGAGAAGCAAUAUAUAUGUUCAGAAUGUGGGAAAGGGUUUUUUCAAAAAGCAAAGCUUUGUAGACAUCAGAGAACUCACACAGGGGAGAAGCCAUUUUCAUGUCCAAAAUGUGAGAAAUGUUUUACCAGAAAAUCAAAUCUUGAUGUACAUCAGAGAAGUCACACAGGGGAGAACACAUUUUAAUAUUCACAAUGUGGAAAAUGUUUUACCGAAAAAUAAGCUCUUGAUGUACAUCAAAGAAGUCAUACAG